CUUGCACCUGUCUGGAGGCUGAUGCGUGGCAAAGACCACACUGUCCGGCUCAUCUCAUCUCAUCAUCUUGUGCUCUACUAGCGGAGCUCUGAGUCUGAGAGUCACGCGACAGUGUCUGCCUUAGGCGACGAAUGUGGCCUCAAACCUACAGCUACCCGCAGCAUGUCUUCCAAGGUUCUAUGCGCCAAACCUUUGUCCACCACCAAUUGACAUUCACCUGUGCCGCUUGGAACACCAUCCGUCGACCGUUCAAAUCCGCUGGCCUCCACCUGACGCGCAUCCUCUUUCCGCACCCUUAUCGUUAUGGACGCCAAGGCGCUCUCAGAUGCCGGCCGACAAAUAGGCAAGGCAGUCGACAGCGGCGACCCCCCCUCAACACUUCUUCAACUACUCCAACCCCUCCGAACCUUUACAGCGACCGAGGAUCUCCUGCGACACAGUAAAAUUGGCAUAGCCGUCAACCGUUUACGACAGAACAAGGAUCCCAAAGUCGCGCAACUCUCCAGCCAACUGAUCAACAAGUGGAAAGCGGACGUUAAGACGAAGUCCAAAACAGGCUCUCCCGCACCGGCAGCAAAGGGGAUAAACGGCGUAGCGAACGGCAGGGAUGCAACGAGCAGUCCAGCGCCGAAGACGGACGGAGUUAAGAAGGAGCCUUCUGCGACGUCAAAUCCAGCGCGGAAGAGUAAAGUGCCGCCUGAGAAGCGCACAUUCACAGCGGAUGAGGUGAACACAGACCUUACUGGCGACACCACGCGCAACGGCUGCAUAGGUCUGAUCUACAACGGCCUAGCGUACAUGUCUGAGGAAUCACCCGACGAAGUCCUAGUGGCGGCGCGGUCAGUAGAAGCUGCCGCCUUCUCUGUGCACAACAACGAAACGUCAUCAGCGUAUAAGAUGAAGAUGCGGAGUUUGUUCCAGAAUCUGAAGAUGAAGGGCAAUGCGACGUUGAGGCGGGAUGUGUUCAAUGGGAAGAUCGAGCCGAAGCGUUUCGUGACGAUGACGAGCGACGAGCUCAAGAACGCGGAGAAGAGGGCGCAGGAUGCGGCGCUGGAGAAGGAGAACAUGAAGGCCUCCAUGACGGCGCAGGAGGAGAAGGCGAUCAGCACGACCAUGACAUGCAACAAGUGCAAGCAGUCGCGAGUCGCAUACACCCAAGCGCAGACACGCAGUGCUGAUGAACCGAUGACAACGUUUUGUGAAUGCACUAAUUGCGGAAAUCGGUGGAAGUUCUCUUGACGCAUCUACGUGGAUGACUCUGGCGAUUGAAGUGGGCUGAUGUGCAUCUAGCGGGUGGCGUUGGCAUGAUUUGUACCGCAUAGUGUGGUAGUCUCAUGCGUGCAUGCUGAGAACGCCGCAGAGAC